AUGGUCACCCUCACCAAAAUCCGCCAGUCCAACGCCCAACUCACCAAGGCCACCAUCCCACAAACCGCCCUGUUUGUAGGUGGGACAUCGGGUAUCGGCAAGCUCACACUCAUCGAGCUUGUUUCCCUCAACCUGCCAAUCAAAGUCUAUAUCGUCGGUCGCAAAGCAACCGAGCCAGCAAUAAGACCGCUUCUCGAAGACCUGCGGCGCAAAAACGCCGAUGCGGAACUCGUAUGGGUCGAAGGCGAGGUGUCGCUUCUCUCCGAAGUUCAGCGCAUCUGCAGCUUAAUCAAGGCCAAAGAAUCGAGGUUGGACUUUUUAUGUUUGACGGCGGGCUACGCCCCUUUCGGAGGAAGAGACAACACAAGUGAAGGAUUAGAUGUAACCCAUGCCCUCGAAUACUACGGCAGAAUGCUAUUCACUCUGAACCUCCUCUCUAUUAUUCGGGAGUCUCCCUCACCUCGCGUCCUUACCGUCCUCGGCGGCGGUCUUUUGUCAAAGAAGCUCAUGACCGACGAUCUCAACCUCGAAAAACCCAGAAAUUUUGGCGGGAUGCAGUCGCAGACGCACAUGAGCAUCAUGAACACGCUCUUCCUCGACCGCCUGUCUUCAGACCCGCUCAACAAGAACGUUAAUUUUGUGCACAAUUGGCCUGGUGCCGUGGACACGGGCAACAUGACGAGAUACCACACGUCGAGCGUCACGUCUCCGCUGCCUUUGACGAUUUUGAUGAAGCCCAUCAUGUGGAUCAUGGGAUUUGGGGAAAAGGAGGCGGGCGAGAGGCAUGUUUAUAUUGCUACGACGGGCAAGUUCGGAGGGGUGGGGCCUAAAGAUGGGAAUGUCGAAAGGGGAACUACAAAAGUUGAAGGAGAAGGGUUAUUUCUGCUGAAUCAUAAAUGCGAGGUUUCGUAUAAUGAGGACGUUUUGAAGGAGUUGAGGAAGGAGGCGCAAGAGAAGGUUUGGGACAAGACUAUGGAGAUUCUGAAGCCGUAUCUCAGUUAG